AUGGCCGCGAGCCUUUCAUACUUCUCACCCACCCUCUCAAGCUCGCCGUUCCACGUCAUCCCCCUCAUCAUCGGCGCGCUUCUCUCCUCUUCCCCGCUUCCCGCGUCCCGCACUCGCGACGCCGCUGCUCCGCUCAUCGCGCUAGCGCAAGGCGGCGAGACCGCAUCCCUAAAAGCCGCGUCGCUCGUUGAAGCGUGGUCGGAAGCGUACGGGCUGGGCGGAGACUCUGUGCUCCCCCCUUCCGCCGUCUCCCUUCCCCUAGGCGUGCCCGCUGCGCCGCACCUGGAGGACUGCGCGCGAGUGACCGCGGAGCGGGAGGCGUGGGAGCAAAGGGGCGGGCGGGGAGAGGAACCCGCGUGGACCCGCAGGGGCCCAAGGAGAGCGGACGCAUCAACUGGUGUUGCUUCCCCUGGUUGCUCGGGGCAAGAGCAGAGGGAGGAGGUCCCACAACCGCCUUGGAUCAGAGGGGCGGAUGCAGCCAAUCUGCCGCUGACACGUGUCGUGCAGAGGGACAUCUGGCGCAACCAGUUCCCCCCCGGGGAUUGCACGGACAGGCGCCUGCUCGUGGCCCACUGGGCCAAAUCCACAUCACACGGCGUUGGCUCCCAGAUCCACUACCUGAGCGCACUGCUGAGUGUGGCCAUGCGUCACAACCGUACCUUAGUGCCUCAACCCGACGGCUUCGACCGUGCUCGCACCCCGUCCUGUGAAGCUGCGGGUCACAACAGCCAAUGGGAGUGCUUCUUCUUCCCACCCGCCUCGUCAGCAUGCCGCCACGUCAUCCAACAGGCGCUGAUGCAGAACCUCGAGAAGAUCCCCUGGGCGAAGGACGACCCUGCUGACGUGGCAGCGCUGGACGAUCCGAUCGUGAUUGUUGGUUACACCAACCCUACGAUGCUCUUCAUGGAAGCUGGAGCGGCAGACCUCUGGGGUGACGCCUUUCUGGCCUCGCCCUGCACUGUUCAGCUGGACGGCAAACUCGUAGCUCUUUCUGAACUUCAGCGCAAGGUGCAUUGGUGGCGGGCGCAAGCAGUGCGAUUCAUCAUGCGGUGGCCAUCAGCUCAUCUCUGCCACGUCACCAACCAGGAGAGGUACCGCGCCUUCGGCACGCUCGCAGCCAAUCACGUCACUCGCUUCCUGCACACCCAAUCAGAAGCCCUCUCCUCCCUUACUGACAGCACCACCCCUGCUGCUGCCGCCUCUCCUGCACCUACUGCAGCCAACGUCCCAGCCAAUGCAAGUGACCGGGAAGCAAGGAGGAGAAGAGCGGCAGCCUGGUUGGCAGCUCUUGCAGGCUCCUCCUUGCCCUUCCACUCAGACGCAGACGCCACUUUCAGUGCCACAGGGGGGGCCGGCGAGAAUGCCAUUGCCAACGGCUCGAAUGCCAGCUGGUCGCUGGGAGUGCAGGAGCCGUACAUGCCGCGGCCUAUAGUGAGUCUGCAUGUAAGGGGUACGGACAAGUUUGCAGAGAUGGGGCUGACCUCGCUGGACGCCCACCUCUUCCACAUCAACCGCCUUCGACAGCAUUCGCCUGACCUCUCCCACGUCUGGCUCAACACCGAGACCCAGGCCAACGUGGACCAAGCAGUGAGGGAUCAUCUCUCGUGGAGUUUCUUCUACUCAUCGAAUGCGCGGCAGCAGGAAGCAGUGGGUGGGCUGCGUGAGUAUGAGUGGGCGCAGUCGGUGGCGGUGAGCUUUGCAAGCGUGCUGAUCGCUGCGCAGUGUGACUACUUUGUCGGCAGCCUUGGCUCCAACUGGAGUCGCCUCAUGAAUGAGCUGCGCUCCACCAAUGGUCGGCUGGGAGCUGGAUUCAUUGCUGACAAUGUUGAGGAAUGCGACAUGGAUGACAGUCACGUAGUCGUUGCUCUCAUCGAGAAUCGCGCGCGAGAGGUCGGACUCACCGCCUUGGACCUGAGAUCCGCAACUCUGCACCUGAAUCAGUAUAUUGAGAGCAGCAAGUCGUACCAGAACACGCUGACCUUGCUUCAGUAUUUCAAACCAUCUGAAAUUAUCGUUCCAGCACGAAUGGCCGAUUUAGCGGAAGGCAUUGGCGGAGCCAUGGCUCUUGCUUCUCAUUCUGCAUUCGCUGCCGCUCGUAAGGUGACACUGGCACGUGGCUGUUUCGACGACGUCAAGGUCAGUGGCGGAACCUUCAUCAUUAUUCCUCUAGAAUGGAAACGCUUAUGA